GGGACCCACCGCGAUAAACACAGACACACGAAAGAAAUAAACACAACCAAUCGGAACGACAAUCCGAGAUGCAUCGAGGAUCCGCAGUCUCUGAGACGAAGAUUUAGUGAGAUAAUUAUUAAUUCUAAGUGCUUGUGUAAAAAAGCACUGCCAUUCGCCAUUCAAUUUAUCAAGGGAAAACGCAGAGGACCCUUUCCGCAUCUUUUUUUUUUUUCAUGGGGAUUGUGCGUUACAAGUUAACUACAAGGGGAAAGUGUAUAGCGUUCAGUAAGACGAGCUGUAGAGGUUGUGUUUUUUUCUGCUAGCGGAUCAUCGCUUUGAACUUCGACCGAUGUGGUGUUUUUCAGCUUCGGAAGGCGACACCUCCGUAGAAGGCUAGGUGUUCAUAUAUUUUGUUUUUAUUUACUUGACUGUUGACGGGACUUGCUGUCGCGCAUACAUUUGAAUCGAACAAAGACUUAAUUCUGAGAACAAAACACAAGAAAAAUGUUAUUGGACGCUGGUCACCAGUUCUCUGGUUUAGGAGUUGGUUCGUUUGCCAGGCAUCACUCGUCAGGCGAAAUGCAGGACAGAGACUUGAGUUUAGCGCAGAAUAGCUUUGUCGAUUCUGCACACAUGGGCGCUUUUAAACUGAACCACGAUCUCUCCCCUGGACAGACCUCCGCGUUCACCUCGCAGGCAGCCGGUUACCCCGCGGCGGCGCUGGGUGCCCAUGCGGCUCACGUCACGUCGUACGCCAGUUCGCCUUUUAACUCGACCCGGGAGUUUCUCUUUCGGAGCCGCGGCUUCGGGGACUCGUCUCCGGCCGGCAGUCAGCAUGCUCUCUUCGGCCCCACGGCGGGGUCUCUCCAUCACUCCCACACAGACGGCCAGGGCCACAUAUUGUUCCCGGGGAUCCACGAUCAGCACGGCUCCCACGGCUCGCCGAAUGUGCUGAACGGACAAAUGCGGCUCGGACUACCGGGGGAAGUUUUCGGACGGUCGGAUCAGUACCACCAGGUUUCCAGUCCGAGGACUGACCCGUACUCCGCGGCUCAGCUCCACAAUCAGUACGGCUCCAUGAACAUGAACAUGGGCAUGAACAUGGCAGCGCAUCACCACCCGGGCGCCUUCUUCCGCUACAUGCGGCAGCAGUGCAUCAAACAGGAGCUCAUCUGCAAGUGGAUCGACCCGGAGCAGCUCAGCAGCCCGAAGAAGAGUUGCAAUAAAACUUUCAGCACCAUGCACGAGCUGGUGACACACGUCUCCGUGGAGCACGUCGGCGGACCCGAGCAGAGCAACCACAUCUGCUUCUGGGAGGAGUGCGCGCGCGAGAGCAAGCCCUUCAAAGCCAAAUAUAAGUUGGUGAAUCACAUCCGCGUGCACACGGGGGAGAAGCCCUUUCCCUGCCCGUUCCCCGGGUGCGGGAAGGUCUUCGCGCGCUCGGAAAACCUCAAGAUCCACAAACGGACUCACACAGGAGAGAAACCGUUCCAGUGCGAGUUUGAAGGCUGCGACAGACGCUUCGCCAACAGCAGUGAUCGCAAGAAGCACAUGCACGUCCAUACUUCCGACAAGCCCUAUCUGUGCAAAAUGUGCGACAAGUCCUACACGCACCCCAGCUCCCUAAGAAAGCACAUGAAGGUGCACGAAUCGACUCCUACGGCGUCUGACUCCUCACCGGCGGCCAGCUCUGGCUACGAGUCCUCGACGCCUCCCGGCCUGGUCUCCCCGUCCACAGAGACACAGAACAACAACAAUCUGUCGCCGGCAUCAGCUGUUCACAAUAACAGCGGACACAGCAGUCUGUCGUCCAAUUUCAGUGAAUGGUAUGUGUAGGACACAAACUUUAGACCCAGUUAAUAGAGCAUAGGACAAGCAGAAGAUCCAUGUAUGUAUAUAUAAAUAUAUAUAAGUCUUGUACAAAGGAACUAAUACGUAAUGGACGCUGUAAUAUUAUGCGUUUAAAGACUUCAAGGAAAUUGCAUUGUGAAUAUAAUAAUCAACCGAAGAAAAUUUGUUCAAGAUCUAUUCCACAUUUUGUAUAUAAUAACAGAUAAUAAUGACUUGCUGUCUUUCCCAUGGUUGUAAUAGAUUUUGUCAGUUUUAGAUGUAUAGAUGUUCAUUCAAUGGUAGCUGUUUCUCUAACUGGACUUUUAGUGCACACAUUCUAAUGGAAAAAAAAACUUUUGUAUUAUGAUGUUAAAUAUUGUGAUCCAGUUAAGGCAAGUUGAUUGUAACUAUACUACUAUAAACAGGAAACCGUGCCAAAGUUAAAACUUAACUCAAACAGACACAAUAUUUGCUUGUGAAUGUAUAUUUUUCCUUCGCCGGGUUUAACUUGUGAUGUUUUUUGUGCUUUGCAAGUUUGAAUUGUGAAAUACUAUUUGGAAGAUUAGGGGGGAAAAUAAAUGUUGUGUCGUUAGAUUUUCUGUAACUACACCCUUCCUUUUGUAAAUAUCAGCUGCCAUAUUUAUCCAUUUGUAAUUAAAUUAUGCUAUUUACUUGCUUCAGAUGAAACAAUAUUUAUAAAGAAUGUUUCUUAACUAUAAAUAUGUACAAUUACGAGCUAAACACGAGGCAGUUGUUUUGUUGUGUUUAAGAGGUGUUUUCUCCAUUCUUGUGAUAAGUUUUAAGAAUUUUACUGCAUAAAGAAAUAUAAUAAAAUGUGUUGCAAGUG